AACUCUGCGCGCAGUGCGCCACUCCGCGACCGCCACGUCGCCGGAAGCACGUCGAGGCGGCUGACGUGGCGCCCGGUCGUCGGCCCGCGCCGACCCGCGUGGGACGACGUCAUCCCCGUCGUCGCCGUUGCCGCCUCGUGGCCUCGUGGGGGAGCGAGAAGAGAUAGAGGAGCAGCCCCGGCGCAUCUGGAUCCGCGCCGCAAAGCUGACUUCUUUCUCCGCCGCACGCAUCCUCCUCCCGGCGACCACCCCGGGGGCGCUAUAUCACGCGGCCGCCGCGAGGAGGAGCGCCCCGUCCCUUCUUCUUCUUCUUCGUAGCAGCAGCUUCAGCAGCAGGAGGAAGAUGGCGGCGGCGGCGGCGAGGAAGAACGCCGGUGUGCUCGCGCUCUUCGACGUCGACGGCACACUCACCGCGGCCCGCAAGGAGGUGACGCCCGAGAUGCUCGAGUUCAUGAAGCGCCUGCGCGAGAAUGUGACCGUCGGCGUGGUGGGGGGAUCCGAUCUGGUCAAGAUCUCCGAGCAGCUCGGCAAAUCAGUCAUCACCGACUAUGACUACGUCUUCUCCGAGAACGGCCUGGUCGCGCACAAGGACGGCAAGCUCAUCGGGACGCAAAGCUUGAAAACGUAUCUUGGAGAUGACCAGCUUAAGGUGAGCCUGUGUUGUGUGACGUUUUUUUUUCUCGUACUGCUGUUGAAGAUGAGUUUUGAGGCCUUGGUAGUGAUGUUUAUGUGUUCUUUGCAGGAAUUCAUUAACUUCACUCUUCAUUACAUUGCGGACUUGGAUAUCCCAAUUAAAAGGGGUACAUUCAUAGAGUUCAGGAGUGGAAUGAUCAAUGUGUCACCUAUAGGGAGGAACUGUAGUCAACAAGAACGUGAUGAUUUUGAGAAGUAUGAUAAGGUACAUAACGUUCGGCCUAAAAUGGUCUCAGUGCUUCGUGAAAAGUUUGCACACCUGAACCUGACUUUUUCUAUUGGAGGGCAGAUCAGUUUUGAUGUAUUCCCACAAGGCUGGGACAAAACCUACUGCUUGAGAUAUCUGGAAGAAUUCAAGGAAAUCCAUUUCUUUGGGGACAAAACCUACAAGGGUGGCAAUGAUCAUGAGAUAUUUGAAUCUGACAGAACAGUUGGUCAUACAGUUACCAGCCCCAAUGACACCGUGCAGCAGUGCAAAUCCAUCUUCCUGUCGGAGUGAUCGCCAGAUUACCGUGCCGUUUACAUUCAUUUGUUCACCUGCACCCCUCGAACACUUGCGUCUCGGAAUAAUUCCUCUAUAGAUCUCCCUUUGAACUCAGUACGUUUUUUGCUUUCCUCCCCGUUGGGAGUAGUUUAUCGCUAUUGUUGUUGUAAACAGAACUGUAUUGGUAUACAUACAUUCACAAACAGCGGAUUUUGUAUACGCGCAUUUGGCGCAAAUGUAUGAGGGCAUAUUUGAUCUAA